UUUUAUCUAUUUUUUAGCUAAUUUAAUUAUUAAUUUUUAGCAUUAAUAUAUUUAUUUUUAUUUAAUAAUUAAUAGUUGUAAAAUUAUUUAUCAAUCAUCAUCUGGAUUAGUCAAUUUUGCAAAGAAUUUCUGGAAUUAUUUUUUAUCUAGUGACAUAUCUAGAUUUACUCUGACACUUUGAGACAUGGAGAAACUUGUUAUUGUCAUUUUAACAUUUGGAUUGUUUCUAAUUUGUUCUGUUGGUUCAAAUAAAUCAACGAGAUUUGUUAGACAAAGUGGACCAAAUGACAUUUAUGCAACUGAUUAUUGGAAUAGAAAUUUAAUUUUUAGGGCUGAUGUUGAACAGCGAGAAUUGGAGAAACAAUUGAGAGAAGAAGAUGAACUCAUUAGAGUACUGAGAGAUGAUUCACUGCCAAUUGAUGCUGUCAAAUGGGAUUCUGUUGGUGACAGAGUUAUUUCACGUGCAAAUGUUACCGAUGAAACUAAAAGAAUCGUCAGACAAAUUAAAAAACAACGACCUGGAUUUUUUUGGACAUUGUUUAGAGUUACAUUUGAGACUGUCAAUGAAACAAAAGCAGCAAUUCAACAAAUAAGUGAAAUUGUAUCAAACAGCAUAUCACCAGAAACAACAACAUCAAAGCUGCCAUUAAUGUCAAAAAAAACUUCAAGCAAUGACACAAUAAAUUCAAAUGGCACAUCAACAGAAGCACCAUUUACAUUAACCCAAAGUGUGCUACAAACUCUAAUCAGAAGAAAUGUCAAAGGUCUAGUAAGACUAUUCAAUAUCGAAUGGAACGAUGCAGUAAAACAAUCGAAAAAAAAUGUAAAACAAUUUAAAAAAGAACUUGGAAAAAGUGUAGCACCAUUUCUAGCUGAUAAUCCAAAUAUAAAUUAAAAAAAUAUAAAUUAUAUUCGAAAAAUAUUAUAUUGAUUUUAAAAAAUAAUAAAUAUUACGUAACAAAAUUACAAAAUAUCAAAGA